AUGAAGUGCGUGAUCGGGGGGGCGCAGCUCCGAGUGUUUGGAAGAGCAAUACAUGCCAUAGCACGGAUUAGUGAUGAAUUUUGGUUUGACCCCCUAGAAAAAGGUCUUGCCCUAAGAUCAGUGAAUUCCUCGAGGUCAGCAUAUGCCUGUGUGUUCUUCUCAUCCAUGUUUUUCCAGCAUUACUGCUGGACAGCUGGGACCCAGCCCUGUCAGAAGGAGAAGCAACUGUCCCUCCCCUGUAAAUUGAUAAUUAAGUCAGUUCUGCCUGUGUUUAGAUGUGUCAAUGUGCUGGAGAGGAAUGUGGAGAAAUGCAGCAUCUGCAGCAGCCCCAGUGAGCAGCACAUCACCUUCCAGCUGCUCUGCAGGCACGGUGUUGUAAAAACCUACAACCUGACAUUUCAGGAGUGUGAUCCCUUGCAGGCUGUUUUUGCAAAGCACAUGUGUCCAAACAUUCUUAAAGUCCACUCCAGGCUGCUGGCUGAUGUGAUGAUCCACUUCCCAAGCAGUCAGGAAGAAAUAACCCUGUCAGUAACUCCAAUGAAAGUUUGUUUCAAGAGUUACACUGAGGAAGACACUGACUUUUCAAGGACAAUGCUUACUGAGAUACAGCUCAGUCCAGAGGAAUUUGACUACUUUCAAGUUGGAGUAGAUUCUGAAGUGACAUUUUGCCUUAAAGAACUGAGGGGGCUGCUGGCAUUCUCUGAAGCCACGAGCGUCCCCGUGUCCGUGCACUUCGACAGGAGCGGCAGACCCAUUGCUUUCAGCAUUGAGGACCUGCUGCUGGAGGCCAGCUUUAUCCUGGCUACCCUGUGUGAGGCUGAGGGGAUGGCAGCUUCCCCAGAGCCUGCCUGCUGCCCACGGCCCCGGGACAGCUCAAGGACUGGCAUGGAUAAAUCUGACCAGAGCUCCAUGGAUGGAGCCAGCAAUGCAGUCACAGCCACUUCCAAAAAGCCACAGCAGAAGGGAAACACUCCAAGCACGGACCCUGCAAAACCCCCAAGUGCUCUGGCAAAACAAGAGGUAAAAAACACUCCCAGAGGCAGCGAGAGGGAUGAGCCAGGCAGAGCAGGAGCAGGAGAGGCCACAGAGGCUCCUCAGGCCAAGGUGAGGGAACUCCCCACAGUGCCAGCACUGCAACCCCACAGCUGCUGCUGGGCUGAGCACCCCAAGUGCACUGGGGGGCUUCAGUGGGAUCCGUCACAGCAGCACAGCUGGAAAACCCCGGCACAGCUGGAAACACUCCUGUGGGGCAGGGGGCUUUCACUGGGAAAUGCUGCUGCUCAGAAAGAUCUUAGAGUGGCAAAAGCUUCACAAAUAAUUAAUGCCCAAAUUCUGUAUCACAGAAUUCUUACCUGUACAAAUAUUGCAUUUUCCAGUUCCACUCCUUGUUCUUCGGAGCUGUCUCUUACAAGGACAAGGCCAUUGGUGACACCUUCCAGAGUCUGGUGACAGCCAGUGACACUGAGGAGGAGCUGGGUGCCCUGCAGAGCUCCCCAGUUCUGUAGUGCAGGGCCUGGGGUGCAAGGACAGACAGAGGGAAGGGCAGGCCCAGCCUUUGUCACUGGUGCUGUGACCCAGCAGCACAGAACGUUCUGGAACUCUCAGUGCUCUUGUAAUGGCACAAAUUCAGGUCACGACUGACUCUGUUGAGGGUUGUGUGUUGUGCAGGAACUGCUGGGGGCUCUGCCCUCAGAGCACUCUCACUGGAUCCAAGCUCUGUUACCACAUCAGGCACGUGAAGCUGCUGUUCUGGUUAAGGUUCUCUAGAACCAGCCUUUAACUGCAAAAGCAAAG